ACUGUGAAUAAUAUAUAGUAAAAAUCGACUAUAUCUCACUUCACCAAGGUCUUAAAAAAUGUAAACAAACAUUUCAUUAUACUAAAAAAAAUAAGAUUUUUCAAAAAAGCAUGGAAAACUCUGAUGAUUCUAUGGUGUUGACCUCCCGUCGGAAGAGUACAGUAUGGACCCGUGAAAAAAUUACACAAUUGAUUUAUCUUUACCGUCAGCAUGACUGUUUAUGGAACCACUAUAUUGAGGCAUAUAAAAAUAAGGAAAAACGAUCAAAAGCCAUCGACGAUAUUUGUAACAGCUUACAUAUAACCAGAUUGGAAUUUGGAAAAAAAAUUCAUAAUUUGCGAAAUCAGUUUAAUUCUGAGAUGAAAAAACUUGAAAGGAGAGUUGAGGAAACUGGGUACGACACGGAGUCAACAGCAGAAGGAUGUCGGUGGAAACAUUUUCAGUCACUUAGAUUUCUUCACGAUGUAAUUGAACCACGUCCAGGAGGUUAUCUGGCUAAAAAAAGAAAAAUAAGCUGUCAAUCCAAAUAUGAUAACAGCAGUGAAGAAGAGACAAAGGAACCUAAUAAAGAUUCAAAAGUACGUAAAAAGGAUGUAGUAAUUGAACAAAUCACAGAGUAUCAAUUUGAUGAUGCGACCAUUGUUGACAAUUCUGCGAUAAUUUCUGAGCAUUCAUCCGUAGAUCGAUCAAUGAAUUUUAAUGAGCAAGGUAGUGAAAACAUAAUAUCCACUUUGGUUGCUGAAAGCGAAUCAAACAAUAUUUCCAAUUCUCCACCAUUAAAUCAAAAUCUGCAAAAUGUAAAUCAAGCAGACUUUAAUAAAGCUAAAAUUUUGGACCAAAAAUCUGUUUUGCAAUUGAAACCACAAAGUCGAGGGGAACCUAUAGAAGAACAACAGACUGGUCAAACAAAUUUUUGCUGCCACAAUUCCCAUUCUGGAAUGCAGUAUAACAAAAAUAUGUUAGGUAUGGGAUCUAAACAAAGCAAAGAUAAAUGUAUGUUCAUCAGGUCAAGAGAUGAGUGGGAUGCUUUUGGUGAAUUGAUUGCAACAGAAUUUCGUCAUCUUAAUUCAGUUAGUUCAAAAAAAAAACUGAAACGAAAAAUCAUGCAAGCUAUGCUGGAAAUAGGAGAAGAAGAUGAUUCUACUUUAGGAUGAAAUUAUAAAAGUUUUCGAUGUUGUAAAUAUAACUGUUUUACUAUAUAUUGUGAAGUACUUCUAAA